UUGUUUGAGAAACGAAGUUGGCGUUUUGUUUUCAUUCAUGAAUUUGUCCAAAAGUUAGACAUAUCCUAGUCAGAGCAUAACUAACGACAGCUCUAUGACUAUCAUUUGUUCGAGCAAGUUUUAAGAGAGCCAAAUUUUUCGUUUGCGGUUAUAUUUAAGUCUUAGUACCGGGCUAAAAGCGUUUCCAGCAUUGACCAGUUUGCUUUAGAAGCCAAGGCAUCCGGCGUUCAUCGUUAUGGAUAUACAACAACUGGAGGUACUGUGCAAGCAACUCUACGAAGCCACAGACAUCAGCAUUCGUGCGGAGGCGGAAAAGGCGCUGGUGACAUUCGUAAACAGCCAGGAUGCGCUGCCCAAGUGCCAGUUGCUGCUGGACAGAGCCGACUCCAGCUACGCCCAGCUGCUGGCCGCCUCCACGCUCACCAAACUGAUCCAGGGACUCAGCCUCGAGCAGCGCAUCGACAUCCGCAGCUAUGCGCUCAACUACCUGGCGACGCGGUUCAACCUGCAGCACUUUGUCAUUCAGGCACUGGUUACUUUACUGGCCAAGAUCACCAAGUUCGGCUGGUUCGACACCUUCAAGGGCGAGCUGGUCUUUCAGAACCUCCUGGAGGAUGUCAAGAAGUUCUUGCAGGGCUCCACCGAGCACUGCACCAUCGGCGUGCAGAUCCUUUCGCAGCUGGUUUGCGAAAUGAACUCCAUUGUGGAGCUGGACGUCCACCUGUCGUUUUCGAAGAAUCGAAAAAUAGCCACUUCCUUUCGGGACCAGCAGCUCUACGAGGUCUUUUUGCUGUCCUGUUCACUGCUGAUCACGGCCCGCGACAAUAGCAAAACCAUCAAUUUCAUGGACGAAUCGCAGCAAGCGUUAAUAUCACACGUGUUGCGUUUAACGAAAAAUUGUCUAAGCUUCGACUUCAUCGGCAGUUCCACAGAUGAAUCCGCAGACGAUAUGAACAACGUUCAGAUACCCACAGCUUGGCGCCCUGCAUUCUUAGAUUCGAACACACUUAAACUUUUUUUUGAUUUAUACCAAAUUUUGCCCAAUGGUUUAGCUAGCUACUCCAUCUCCUGCCUGGUACAAAUGACAUCUGUGCGUCGCUCUCUUUUUAGUAAUUCUGAGAGAACGAAAUUCCUUACACAUUUGGUCGAAGGAGUGCGUGAUAUUCUGAACUCCCUGCACGGCUUGAGUGAUCCAGAUAACUACCACGAAUUCUGCCGCUUGUUGGCUCGCCUCAAGUCCAAUUACCAGUUGGGCGAACUAAUAGCGGUGCCAUGUUAUCCCCAAGCCAUCGAACUGAUAGCAAAGUUCACUGUGCAAUCCCUGCAUAUGUGGCUCUUUGCACCGAAUAGUGUACACUACUUACUCACAUUAUGGCAACGCAUGGUUGCCUCUGUACCAUAUGUUAAGUCCCCGGAUCCACAUUUGCUAGGCACAUACACCCCGGAGGUAAUCAAGGCGUACAUUGACUCGCGCCUGGAUGCGGUACCCGUAAUUGUCCGAGACAAUUUGGAGGACCCGCUGGACGAUCUGUGCAUGGUGCAGCAGCAGCUGGAGCAACUGUCUGUAAUCGAGAGGUGCGAGUAUAACAAGACUUGUAGUCUUCUUGUUCAGCAUUUUGACCAGAAGGCCCAUGAGUACGAGAAUCUUUUGCAGUCGCCCAACGCCAAUCCCAUAGAUAUCACCAUACACGAGCUACAGCUCACGUGGUUGGUGUACAUAAUCGGUUCGGCCAUCGUGGGUCGUCUGUCGGUGACGACAAGCGAUGAGCACGACACCAUGGACGCGGAGCUCGUGAUAAGAGUACUCCAGCUGAUGAGCCUCACCGAUGCGCGAUUGCCGCAGGCUGGCUGCGAAAAGCUGGAGCUAGCGAUACUUAGUUUCCUGGACCAAGUCCGAAAAAUGCACAGCAGUGAGCAGGCUCAAAAGGCAAAUGUAUACAAGAGACUUAACGAGGUGUUUGGACUGAGUGACGAGCAGAUGCUUUUAAGUUUUAUAAACCGUAAAAUUAUUACAAACCUUAAGUUUUGGGGACGCUCUGAGCCGAUUAUCACCAAAACCCUUAUGCUACUUUCCGAUCUCUCCGUGCACUUUAACUCUGUGCGCAAGCUGGCGCGUCUCGAGGAAGUUCAAUUCAUGCUCACACAUCACACAAGCGAACAUUUCCCAUUCCUAGGAACGAAUUCUACAUUGAGUGAAAUGCGAUGUCGCACCAUGUUUUACACUUCCCUGGGGCGUCUAUUGAUGUUCGACUUGGGCGAGGAUGAGGAGAGAUUCUAUAAGUUUUUGGAGCCUCUAACAAAUCAAUUUGAGUCCCUUGGCUCUGUGCUGAUGGACACCAAUAUAUUUCCUAACGAUGAGGCUAAGAAGGCCACCAUUGGCUUGGCUCGAGACCUGCGCGGCUUAGCUCUGCCGCUCAACGCGCGCAUUCAGUACACCAUGCUCUUUGAGUGGCUUUACUAUGCGGACUACCUGCCCAUUCUGCUGCGCGCCAUGGAACUAUGGGCCCACGAUCCUGCCGUCACGACACCAGUUCUCAAACUAUUUGCCGAAUUGGUGCAUUGCCGCACCCAAAGGCUUGCGGGCAACGUGUCCAGCCCCAUGGGCAUUCUCCUAUUCCGCGAGGCUUCGAAACUUAUCUGUAUAUACGGCAACCGCAUUCUGCAUCAGGAUGUACCGCGCGACCGACUGUACCCAAUGAGACUUAAAGGAAUUGCCAUAUGCUUCUUAAUCUUAAAAAACUCACUCGGUGGAAAUUAUGUUAAUUGCGGUGUGUUCAAACUGUACGGCGAUGAUACAUUGGACAAUGUACUGAAUGUUAUCGCAAAGCUAAUACUCUCGAUACAACAGAGCGAUCUUCUGGAAUAUCCAAAACUGUCGACGGCCUAUUACAACUUACUGAAUUGCCUUUCGCAAGAUCAUGUCUCUUAUUUGGCUGCCUUGGAACCAGCUGCAUUCGUUUAUAUUCUAAAAAGUCUAACUAAGGGUUUGGCGGCGUUAGACUCGGCCAUUUACAUUAGUUGCUGCACAAUUUUGGACAGUAUUGUUUCCUACAUCUUUAAGCAGCUGCAGAUGAAAGUUUCCACAUUUCCAAACAAAAAGCUUCGUAGCUUAAAUCAGGAAAAUGCCCAGUUCUUGAAGGUUGUUGAAAUGAACUCCGAGUUGCUGCAGAGUAUGAUGUCCUCGUUGUUGAACAACGUUUUGGCUGAGGAUUGUCGAAACCAGUGGUCAAUGUCGCGACCAUUGCUGGUUCUUAUCCUACUCUACGAGGACUAUUAUCGCUCACUAAAAGAUAGAAUCAUCUGUGGGCAGCCAAUGGAGAAGCAGCAGACAAUGUCGCAAUGGUUUGAUGACCUAAUGGUUGGCAUUGAGCGAAACGUGUCCAGUAAAAACAAGGAAAAGUUCACCCAAAAUUUGUCCACUUUUCGACGCGACAUGGUUAACUUGCCCAAAUCAAAUGCAAAUCUAACAGGCGGUGGUGAUCAAUUUGCGACAAACGCAACUUCAACGGCGGAUCAAAAUUCAAACUCUGAGAACCAGGCAAUGGUUCGGCGUUUUCGUGUGAUCGACCAAUGUGCGACGGUGGAUUCAAACCAUGUGAGCCUGAGUCCUCGCCAUAUUAGAGCUAAUGGAGAACUUGAGGACGAAUGGUGGUUUUUCGAGUAAAUUGGAGGAGCGGAUUGACAAUGGAUGCAGAUUAAUAUAAAUAGAAAGGCUAGACUUAAGACUAGCUGUAAGCAACUUGGAGUAGUAAACCGUAGAAACUGAAA